CGCCGCUUAAUGUUACACUUGACAAAAUGAUCUCGAAGUUGCUGAGGCAUUCACCAAUCUUUAUCAUUUUAAUUGCAAACUAUUGCCACGGUGGUCUCCUAGCGACACUAGGCGAUCAGCAUCAUUAUCAACAUCAAGUAGCAAGUUCUUUCAUGCACUUUCACGGCCCAAUAGAAGGUCCAGAAUAUGAAAUCAAGGUGCUCGAGCAUCACCACGAGGACAAUCACUUGCUUCACAAUCACGAAAAUCAUUAUACUCAUGACUAUAUGGCACAUCCCAAGUACCAGUUUUCUUAUGGCGUCGAAGAUCACCAUACCGGUGACUUUCACAGCCAGAAGGAGACCCGCGACGGCCAUAGCGUGUCAGGCGAGUAUAGCAUAGCAGAGCCAGGCGGUGGAUUACGCGUGGUUAGUUAUCACGCCGACAAGGACGGCUUUCACGCAGUCGUUCAUACAUCCGGUAAGAACGAGCACCACGGUUUCCCCCAAGGUCAUCUCGCAAUAGCAGCAACUGCUACGGAACAGCAACAACUUCUUCAGGAAUAUCCGGCCGCUUCGUACGACAACGCUCAACACGAGGAAACAACUUAUUGACACUACAUGGAGUUCACUGCUUUUCACUUCCCAACUAUCUCAUGAAGAGCUCGAGACGCUUACAAACCAAUGUUCCACUUGUGAAUGUCAUAAACUCUCUUCUUUUUACUUUAAAAGAAGAGAGUAUAUAUAGCUUCAGUUUGUAAAUAAUACUAGUACGUAUGUAAUCUCGAAAUAAAUGUUUUUCUUUGCAAUUUUCAAAUGUUUUGAUAAAUUUUGGUAAUUUGUGAGAUGAUGAGAAGAGAAAAUUUGAAAGAACUUCUCAUUGCUAUGUAAGAGUGAAAUAAUUUUUCAAAUAAU